AUGGAGCUCCUUGGAUCCACCAUGACAGCCACUUACGCUCGGCCCAAAACCAGCCACUUCCUGCCAGCCAUCUCCACCAUGACGUCCAGCUACAGGAGCCAUCAGCCAGGCCUCACCAUGAGCCAAAGUGCUAACAUGCCCUGGAGGACUAACGGAUACUACCGCACGGGUAGCAUCAUACCAUCUAUCUCUGCCCUCCAGAGGGACAACCUAGACUUGGUGCGAGCUAAGACCAUGUUCUACCCAUCCAACAGGACGAUGCUUAGCAUGCGCUACAGUCCAGAGGACUGGCACAAGUCUAACCAGAGCAACUAUCGUGAGUCAGAGUCGUCACGGAACAGCGCUGAGAGACUGAGGAAGGACACUGUCCGUCUUAUCCAGGAUAAGGAUCAGCUGACCAGACGAUCACAGGAGACCACCAGCAGGAAUAUCGGAGAACGACUUAGCGACAUCAGCUUUUGGAGGUCUGAGCUGAGCCAUGAAAUAGACAACAUGAUGGGGGAGAUCAGUGCUCUGACGGAGGUGAAGAAGAGGCUGGAGAGAGCACUGGCUGAGACCGAGGGCCCACUGCAGGUCUCUCAGGAGUGUUUAUUCCACAGAGAGAAAAGGAUGUCCAUAGACCUGGUUCAUGACGAUGUGGAAAAAGAGCUCAUUAAGGAAGUGGAGGUCAUUAAGUCAUGCCAGGAGAGGAUGAGGAGACACCUGGACAGAGCCAUAGCACAACUAGCUUCUAACAGAGCAGCCCAGCAUGAGUUGGAGAGAGACCUGAGUGACAAGGUUACUGCUCAGCGAAUCGAUGACAGAUGCCACCAGCUGAGAAACACAUCAGAUGGCAUCAGCUACCACAGAGGGAUCGACCGCCUAGACCCCAACGUCAGUCUGCCAGACUCCUGGUCCAGAUUCACAGACGACAACAUCCUCCAUUCACAGAGUGAGCGCGUGGCGUCUCACAAACUUCGGGAUGAGAUUGAAAUCCUGCUCAACACCACCUCCAAUGAGAUGUGGAACCAGUUCAACUGUGUCAAUGUGGCCUUCACCCACCGAGUGUCAGAGACGGCUGAUGCUAAGAACAGUCUGCAGACUCAUCUCGCCAAGACACUUCAAGAAAUCUUCCAGACAGAGAUGCUCAUCGAAACCCUGAAAAAGGCCAUCCGAGACAAGGAGAACCCACUCAAAGUGGCUCAGACCCGUCUGGAGGAAAGAACCCGCAGGCCUAACGUGGAACUCUGCAGAGAUAAUCCCCACCACAGGCUGGUGAGUGAGGUUUGGGAAAUUGAGGACACCGUCCAUAAAUUACAGGAGAGACUGAUGGAAGCGGAAAACACCCUCCAGAAUCUGGUGAAGACGAAGGUGGCGUUGGAUCAUGACCUGUCCAUUAAAGCCAACUCCCUUUUUCUGGACCAGGAGAAAUGCAUGAGCAUGAGGAAGAGUUUUCCAAGCACCCCACGUCUGGUGGGGUACACUUAA